GUGUUAGCAUGGACGUGUCCAACUUUGCCGCCCUCAAGAAAAAGCUGGCGAAGGAUCCCAAGAAGAAGAAAGAGGCGGGAAGCCAGAAACCCGUCGAUGAGUUCUUCCGGAAGGACGGGGCCGCUCAGGUCCCGGAGGGCGAGGUUCCCUCCAAUUCCGCUGCUGCCGGUGCUGACGCCGAGGGCUCCCGAGGGGAGGAGCUCAAGAGAAAGAAUGCCGGGAAAGGCGCAGCUAUCCCGGAGAGCAAGAAGCUGAGGAAGGGGGCCCUCGGAAAAAAGGAUGCCCCCAUUGUGAUAGUCGAGGAGCAACCAUCCUCGAAUCUCCCGGCGGCUAUUCCCCCUCGUUCUCCUCCCUCUCCUGUUGAUGAAGGCCUUCGGCCGGCGGAGAUCGUUCAAUUCCCCAUCAAGUCGGGGACUUCCGUUAUGCAUGGCACUCUACAUCCCGUCGGGUUCAUGCGAGGGGUGAUGUCCUCGAAGGACAGGUCUGUGCUUGCUAGGCUCGAGGAUGACAUCCUCGACUACAAAGUGGCCAGCUAUAGCACUAUGGCUGCCCUGGCUGCUUCCGAGCAGGCCCGAAGGGUUGAGCAACUGAGGAUAGCCAAGUGUCAGGCGGACGAGGCUCUGAAGAAAGCCGACGAGGAGAGGGUUGCCCUUCGGCAGAGGAUUGCUGAUGCGGAGGCAGCCCUUCGGCUGGAGAGGGAGGGCAUGGAGCGAAGGCUGCAAGAUGCCGAAGCUAAAGGGAAGGCUACCGCUGAGGAAGCCGCCGCUGCUGCCGCCAAGAUUACUGCCGAAGCUGCCGAGAGUGCUAAGGCCGAAGCGGUGGCCGAUGCUAAGAAGAGAGCAGUCGAGGCCUUCCUCGCCGGGGGCUGGAUGGUGGCCGACCACGAGGGGUGGGUGGCCUCGGUGGUGGAGCAGAAGGUGGAUGCCUGGGUGAAGGGCCCCGGUGCUGAAUGGCUUGCCCGAAAGGGUAAAGACUAUUAUGACGGUGGUGAAUUCUUCACCCAGAAGAUGAUCUACCGGAGGCUGGCCCGGCAUUUAAAAACCGAUCCGAAGGAAUUUGAUCCGGCAGCUUACGGCCUCCCCCCCUUGCAGCCCGAUGUCCGGGUCCCUCUGUCCGAAGGUGAAGAGAGGCCGGACCUAGAGGAUUCCGAGCUAAUGGGCGAGGGCGGCGACGAAGGAGCCGAAGAUGACGCGGCCUCAAAGGCGAAGGAAGACGCAACUGCGGAAGCUCAAAAAUAGGAUCUGUUCUAAGUGUAGCUUUGUAAUAGUCCGCAUCUUUCGGCCUCGGCCAUGUAUUGUAAUCAGAACAUGUCUGGUCACUUUGAAUAUUUCUUUUCCUAAUGGUGAAUGCUU